GCUUUCCUGUCGAGCAGAAACCCUAUCCUUCCUACCUUUCCCGUAUAAACUAAGAAAUCCACCGCUCUUCUUCCUCCAAGCUACCACCGCCGACAGCUCACGCCGCACGCUUUCCUCCGAUCCCAACCCGUGAAACUAGCUCUGGUUCACCAUGGCACCGAAGAAGGAUAAGGCUCCUCCCCCGUCUUCGAAGCCGGCUAAAUCUGGAGGCGGCAAGCAAAAGAAGAAGAAAUGGAGCAAAGGAAAGCAAAAGGAGAAGGUAAACAACAUGGUACUCUUUGAUCAGGCAACGUAUGACAAACUUGUCAGUGAAGUUCCCAAGUACAAGCUUAUCACUCCUUCCAUCUUAUCAGACAGAUUGAGGGUCAAUGGUUCACUGGCACGUAGAGCAAUCAAGGACUUAAUGGCAAGAGGUCUUAUUAGGAUGAUAUCAGCUCAUGCCAGCCAGCAGAUCUACACAAGGGCUACCAACACCUAAUAUAGGAACAUUGCCUUGAAAGUUUCAUGUUUUUUUUUUUUUCUCUUUCUUUUAGCUUCCCAUUAUCGGAGCUGACUGAGGGGGAAGUUUUGCUUUUGCAUUGAAGUUUUUGAUUGUUGCUUCAGUAGCAUACAUUUGAGCUCUUGUUUUUAGUUAGGGGGUUGAGCGAUUAUUGCUUCAUUUCCCUGUGCUGGAAUGAUAUUCUAUCAACCAGUCGGACAUCCAAUUUGAGGCAUCUCUGCGGCUUUUCUGGAUCUCACAAUUGGUCAAGAGAAACAAUGUGGGCAGAAGAAAUUAUUCUGAUAACUUUCGAUCUUGAAA